AUCAAUGCUUGCUCACAUUGCAAGGGUUUAGGGUUUUAGAGGAGGGAAUGCGCCUUCUCGCGAUCGUCCGGCGAUACUCCAAGCGCGCGAAUGCGGGAUCGGCGAAAGAGCUGGGGAAUUCUUCUCGGGAGAGCGCUACCAUUGGUGCGGUGAAGAAGGAUCAUCCACGGAACCGGCGUCCAGGGAAAAAGAAGGAUCCUGGCAACACUGCGGAGGUUCUAAACGAGAGGAACGCGGACGUUUUCAAGGCUGAAAAUCCAAACGAGAAAUGCACCAACGCGCUCGUGCCUCGGAGUUCUCUCGAAAACACAGUUGCUGGACCGGCAAAGAAGGUGCAUAUUAGCGGGAGAAAUGGCGAUAAGAUUGUCCGGGAAGCGCUCAGGAUGGUGCUGGAGGCCGUCUACGAGCCUUACUUUCUGGUUUACUCCCACGGCCAUCGCCCUGGCUUGGGAGAGCACUCGGCUCUCAAGGAGAUCCGGAGAUGGGUCGGCAUAAGCUGGUUUCUCAAGUUCAGGAUCCAGAGCUGCCGCGAGAGGAAAAUGACCAAGAAUCUCCAGGACGAACUGCGGCAGCUUGUUGGAGACAUGAGAGUCUUGAGGAUGAUCCGGGGAUCUGUAGAGGAAGGGAUCCGGUGCCGCGUCCGAAAGUCGACCAAUCUGGGAAGGCUCCUUUGCAACGUCUACUUGCACAAGUUCGAUCUUUCAGUCGCUCACAACAUAUCUCUCUACAAGAGGGGAGAGAUUCCGUGCGUGACGAUGAAGGAUGGCCGUGAAGCGAGCAUGCCAUUCAAGCGUGAAGGCGUGAGGCACAUUUUGAUCGCCAAGUUUCCGGAGUAUAGAAGGCUUUGGUACGUCCGGCAUGGAACUCAGUUCAUGAUGGGCUUUAUCGGUACGAAGGAGGACGCGAGCAACAUUUUCUAUGACGCCAAGUUUUUCAUCGAGAAGCUUGGCUUCAACAUGAACAAGAGGAAGUCUGGAUCGAUUGCAGACAGCAUGCAAAACCCUGCCAGCUUUCUCGGCUUUCGAAUAGUUUGCGACGAUCCCGAAGGUUUCUACAGUCCCAAGAACAAGACCGAGUCGGAAUGGAAGAAACGCAUGGCUAGACUGGAACUCAUCAAAGAAGGAGAUAGGUGGCGACGGGUCAUGAGGAAAUACGUCCAUGCUGGCAAGAAAACAGUUCGCCGAGCUUACGACGAGACAUGUACAGUUCAAAUGGACGUCACAAAGGGAUUGGACUUACUCCGGCAAGUUCUUAAGAAUCUCAAGGACACCAUCGUCGGGCCGGAGUACCGUAACAUCUACCACAUUAUGAGUCCGAGGGAGAUACUGUUGAACAGGAGGACACAGAAUAUUUUUCCUCCAGAAGUCACAGAAGCUGCGAAGCAGUUGGAAGCUUCACUCAAGUCCUUUGUCGAUGAAAAGAAGAAGCAGAGAGUGGCGGCCCAGAAACCACCAAAGCCACAGAAGCAGGCCAAGGAGCCGAUCGUGAAGCCAACAAUGACACCACCAGAGUUUUACGCACCCAUCCGGAACAUCAGGAUCAUGCUCAAUAAUUCCAUGUUCUUGAUGCGGGGAAGGCCGACGGUUCACCGCUACCUGAUGCACAAGACAGAGAUUGAAAUCGUGGAGGAGUUUGCUCGCGUGGCCAACAGCAUACUUGACUACUACAAGUGCUCGAAGAACUUGGACCGGGUGAAGAGGAUCGUGGAUUACAACUUACGGUUUUCCUGCCUGCGGACUCUAGGUGCGAGGCAUGAGACAACUGCACAGAAGAUCAAAAACGUCUUCACCAGCGAGCUGAUUGUACCGGUUCAAGACGGAAACAGCAUAGCAUUGCGAAGGCCUUAUCCGUCAUCAGAAGCGAUCGAGAAGAUCAUGCAAGGCUUCAUGGCUCGGGACAAUCCUGCUCCACCGUGGAAGGGCCUGCAAGUCUACAGCAGGGCUCCUCUCUAAGCAGAUGUCCAACUUGCGAGUCCAUGGAAAACAAGGGUGCAAGACGACAAUGACUUUGAAGACGUCGGUCCUACAUUAGAUUCUCUAUUUCCGAUUUUUUUCUUCGGAAGGGCCGGGAUCUUUG